CGAAUGAGGGAGGAGAGGUGGAGUUGCCGGGGCUCAGGCCCGGCCUCGAGCAUGGGCGGAUGAGAGGAGUCGGGAGCCGAGGCCUAGGGUCCUUCGGGUGAGGGGAGACGGAGCCAGCGAGGAGAUGGAGCAGAAGCUUGUGGAGGGGAUUCUUCAAGCAAUCACUAUGUCAACAGACACAGGUGUUUCCCUUCCUUCAUAUGAGGAAGAUCAGGGAUCAAAACUUAUUCGAAAAGCUAAAGAGGCACCAUUCGUACCCGUUGGAAUAGCGGGUUUUGCAGCAAUUGUUGCAUAUGGAUUAUACAAACUGAAGAGCAGGGGAAAUACUAAAAUGUCCAUUCAUCUGAUCCACAUGCGUGUGGCAGCCCAAGGCUUUGUUGUAGGAGCAAUGACUGUUGGUAUGGGCUAUUCCAUGUAUCGGGAAUUCUGGGCAAAACCUAAGCCUUAGAAGAAGAGAUGCUGUCUUGGUCUUGUUGGAGGAGCUUGCUUUAGUUAGAUGUCUUAUUAUUAAAGUUACCUAUUAUUGUUGGAAAUAAACUAAUUUGUAUGGGUUUAGAUGGUAACACGGCAUUUUGAAUAUUGGCUUCCUUUCUUGCAGGCUUGAUUUGCUUGGUGACCGAAUUACUAGUGACUAGUUUACUAACUAGGUCAUUCAAGGAAGUCAAGUUAACUUAAACAUGUCACCUAAAUGCACUUGAUGGUGUUGAAAUGUCCACCUUCUUAAAUUUUUAAGAUGAACUUAGUUCUAAAGAAGAUAACAGGCCAAUCCUGAAGGUACUCCCAGUUUGCUACAGAAUCUCACAUAUUUUGGAUGUUGCAUAAGAGUCCUAUUUGCCCCAGUUAAUUCAACUUUUGUCUGCCUGUUUUGUGGACUGGCUGGCUCUGUUAGAACUCUGUCCAAAAAGUGCAUGGAAUAUAACUUGUAAAGCUUCCCACAAUUGACAAUAUAUAUGCAUGUGUUUAAACCAAAUCCAGAAAGCUUAAACAAUAGAGCUGCAUAAUAGUAUUUAUUAAAGAAUCACAACUGUAAACAUGAGAAUAACUUAAGGAUUCUAGUUUAGUUUUUUGUAAUUGCAAAUUAUAUUUUUGCUGCUGAUAUAUUAGAAUAAUUUUUAAAUGUCAUCUUGAAAUAGAAAUAUGUAUUUUAAGCACUCACGCAAAGGUAAAUGAACACGUUUUAAAUGUGUGUGUUGCUAAUUUCCAUAAGAAUUGUAAACAUUGAACUGAACAAAUUACCUAUAAUGGAUUUGAUUAAUGACUUAUGAGCAAGCUGGUUUGGCCAGACAGUAUACUCAAACUUUUAUAUAAUAUACAGAAGGCUAUCACACUUGUGAAAUUCUCUUGUCUAAUCUGAAUUUGCAUUCCAUGGUGAUAACAUGGUAUAUGUAUUGUUAUUAAAGUAAGUGACCCAUGUCAAAUGUCUUUUAUUUAUUUCAUGAGGAAAAGCUUUCUGUAGAGGAACAAAUUUGAGAACAAGUUUCAGGAAAUUGUCUUUUUUGUUGUUGUUCUCUAAUCAUGUUCUCCUUUCUGUUUCAACGAUUUUAAAAAUAUUUUACUUUAUGGUAUGUUGUAUUUUUUUCCCUUUUGUGGGUAAUUUUUGUUCUAUUGAUUAUCCAUAUAAAUUUUUUUUUUUUUUUUUGAGACGGAGUUAUUCUCUGUCAUCUAGGCUGGAGUGCAGUGGCACGAUCUUGGCU